AUGAAAACAAGCAAAACUCUUUGGUCACUAAACAAAAGAGAGGAUAGAUAAGGCUAUUCUUUCCUCAAGCCUUUAGAAUUCAAGCUGAUUACACCAUAGUCAGUUUCUUAUCAAAAGGACGAGGAUAAAACUCAAUUAUAUGGCUAUAAUACAGUCUAUAAAUAUAAUAAUGAUACUCAAGUUAGUCAAACAAUUAGAAGAAAUGAGAAAAAUUUAGAAGAAGCACACUUAUUAAAAUAAAGGACUCUAAUUGAGUUGAAGGGACUGAAUAUGGUGUCUAAGAUUCACAUAAGAAAAUUCAAAAAUGCUAGAAUUAACGUUUAUGUUUCUGAGUUCUAAGAAACUGGGUUCUAAACAGUCAAUUAUCAAGAAAGGAUUAUAGAGUUGGGAAAUGUACCCUGCAAAUAUAUAUUAAUAGAAGUUGAUAAAGGUGUUCCAAUUGAUGCUUUUAGACAAGAUAUUAAGAUAUUUGGCCUCCCUCACACUGAUAUUGAUAAUACCUUUGGAAUGGGAUUUCACGAUGUUUUAUUUGACAAAACUUACCAGAUACUUUACGGAUUUAAAUGA